AUGCUUUUGACCGGCAUGUCUCGCAUCGCCGCGACGCUCAAGAUCCGUUGCAACGUCCACUUCGCAGAUCCACUGCCGCAGCAGCAGCAGCAGGAGACCUUCACCACGGAGAUACUUUCAACUGUAGCUGUUGCUCGGUAUCUUGCCAACAGCGGCUUGGUCUGUGGCGUUGGAGCGAAGACGAUUGCGCAAAACUCAGUCGCGAGCUUCAUCUUCCUGGAUCUAGACGUUGCUUCCGCCGCCAACCCGCAAGACAUAGCAAGAUUGGUUGCACCCGAACCCACCCGCCUCGCCCCGCAUCAGUGUCACCACGUGGGACGACCGUGCACCUCAUAUCAGACCCCUGCCACAUUGCAUCAUCUGCACCACUUCGACGAGCGCUUACAAGCGGCUAAGCUCUGGUUCAAUACUGGAGACCUCGGGUGGGAUCAUUCAAGUCAUAUUCGACACCCACUCCAUAGCGCUCGCUUCAUCCGCCCCUUGCCGCUCCAGGUACAGCCGCUGCAGGAGCCAAGUACACCGACGUCACUUCUCAUAUCUUCACCCGCCUUUUCCGCCAAGACAGGCUCUGGACAGCACCCACUCUUCCACGCGCCAGGCUGCCGGUCAACGCCAAAGGUCUUUGAUUCGGCCCAGAGACAGCUGCAUCACGUAGGCGCGAAGCCGUCGCCCUGCGUCGCCUCAUCUCACGCCCUCGCCGACACACUGCGCGCUUGGGCGCACCACUUUCGCAUCACCUCUAUCUUCUGCCGAAUCCCCUCUGCUGCCAAUCUCGCCCAUCUGCCUGGCUCACGCAACUUCUGCGAUCUGAUCGCUUUUUCCUCAAUCGAUCAUAGUGGCGAGGUGUCCUCCGACCUCUUAGCUGCAGCGAAGCUUGCUGCAGACGACAUCUCAACGCCUCUCCCUGGCCCGUCGAUUCCGGCCAUGUCUGGCGUCACCAUCGGCGCCUCGCACGAGGCUUCCGACAGAGCGCCACGCGAUGUGCAUCGGCAAACACCUACCUUCGAUCAAGGGCAAGAUUCGGUCGAAGAAGACGAGCUGAGCGAUGAUGCAUCGCUAGCUGCGUCCGCGAGUCGCAGCUCCUAUCGCGCCUCUUCAUCUCGCCGACGUUUGGUUUCACCAAGACGCAGCGACGAUAUCAAGAUGGUGGAUGCACCUAGCUCGAAGCGUCCCAAGCCAUCUAACUCGGAGGCGUCCCCGACAUCCAAGCCUGUCGAGACAAUGCAGCGACUGUCGACGAGGGAAGAUGACCCCGGCGUCAGAAUCCCUCGCAAUCGAUCGUCCUCGCCACCUAGGCGGGACGACCUCGGCUUCGAUGCCGCUUCGCUGCGCCUGCUCUCGCCACAGGAGGUUGAAAAAUUCCUCGACCUCAUCUUCAAACACCAUCCCGAGCCCAUGACGGCCGAAAGCAUGCGUCAAAGCGUCGACGCCCUCUAUAGCGAUUGGGCUCAGUACUGUGCGCAGCGCCAGGUCCCGGUCAAACUGGCCAAAAAGCCUCUGAUGGACGAAUAUGCCAAGAUCUUCAACGGCGUCUACGGUCCCUCACUUCAGGACAAAGCUCGGUCGAUCGCGCAAGAGCUGUCGAACCGGCCGGCGAAUGCGCCAACGUAUGGCGACGCCGCGAGCGACAAGAGGGCGCAGAAGGGAGCGAGCUCGAGUCGGCGCAGCCAGACGUCCUCAUCAAUGGACGAGGACAGCGAUGAGGACGCCAGCGAAGCAGUCGACGGCCCGGUCGGACGCGAUGUGGAAGCAUCCGAGGGCGCAUCACCGGAGCGCGCCGGAGGAAAGGGCAAGAAGAACAUCGCUCAGGUGGGCCGCAACGGUCUCGCGGUGCUUCCGCCCGGGCUGUUUGACAUUCUUCGCAACCAUCUGCGCGACGACAUCCUGUCGAGCAUCAUGCCUUCGGUGCGCACCGACUUGACCGAGCAGACACGCGAGCUGUUUCUCCAGAACCAAGACCUCUUUGGGCGUCUCAAGGAGAUGGAGGAACGCGUGCGCAACCAAGAGCUGUGGAUCCGACAUCUACUCGCUCGAGACCCGGCCGACGGAGCGAGUCCGCAUGUCGGGCCUGGGCAUGGACCUCAUUUGGUCGAUGCUGGACUGGCAGGCGCAGACGCUGCUGCAGGUAUGGCUGCCAAGCCGAGGCCAUUCUCUGCCGCGACAAGGGAUCCGGCGGGUCUGGUGAGACAUGCUCGUCGCGCCGCUUCGUCUUCAGACCACGAGUUUGGUCCAUUGACGGGCGAUUACUUUGGCGGCAACGCGCCAUUGUCUCCGCGCCAAGCCGGGCGAAUGGAUCCGAGGGCUGCGCACGCUCCCGGCGUGCAUUCUUCGCUCGCAUGGGAAGGUCGAUCGAGUGCCGGAGGCGUCGAACCUACGGCUGGGACGGUACGCGGGCAGGCGCCUCCCUUCGCCACCGGUCGUCGCGAGCCAGAGGCCGCGCAUGUAGGAGGAUACCGGGAAGUGGCGCCUUCCGAACGAAGGCUCUCGUACGCCAACGAGGCAUAUCGGAGACCGAGCUCGUGGCAGAGUGAGCCGCACGGCGGCAGAGGCUCUAUCUCGCACAACCACAGCGGUGGUCAUGGCGACUUGGCAUUCCAACCUCCUAGCGGACCGACUCUUGCAGAGACGCGCCGAAUGAGCGCCUUCAGUGGCAGCGGCGCGGCGACACGCGGUGGCGCGCCACCUUCAGGCGCACCUGGAGUGCACGAAGAGUUCCGUCGACCAGGGCCAUCGAUGUACCCGCGAGACUCGGCCAUGUCGCCGGGAGAGCCGGCUUACGAGAUCCGACGUGCUCCGCCCGGCUUUGGUGCGAGUCAGUCGGAGUCGUACUUUGGUGAUGCGGGCGAGGGCAUAAAGGCGCCUCUUCCGCCAAGGGCGGGCAUGCCCGACUCGCCCGGGCUGAUGCAGCGCAACAAGCGCGGUCGACCCAGCAAGUUUGAGCUGACACAAACGCGGCCGGAUGGCGGCGCGCCAGGUCGCGGCGCUGCGUUUGGUGCCAACUCGCAUCCCUCCUCGACACAGCCCCGACCGUAUCUCUCGUAA